ACUCAGUGACAACAUAACCUAACCUUAAUUCACUAUCACAAGAAAAAUGGAGGAAGAUUCGCAAAGUUCUACCACUUCUGUAGAUGAAAAUACCGAAAAUUUCUGCAAUAAUCCAACCCGAGACACAUUAGCUGAAGGGUUAAUGGGCUUAAUUAAACCCACUGUUGACCAACUAGACGAAAGAGUUAGAACAACAAGAAUUUCACAACUGGAGUUAAAACAACACAUAGAAUCGUUAGCGGAAGAACUGAAGAAGAUUUCUGAAGCACAACAAGUGACAAUAGAUUUAGAUGCAUAUGUGAGAAAGUUAAUUAAUGCUAAACAUAGAGUUACUGUUCUAACAAAUGUGCUGCAAAGUGCACAAGAGAGGUUAAAUAAAAUACAUCAGUCGAUUGAGCGUGAAACAGUGAAAAGGAAAGUUCUAUUGGAAGGUGCCUGCAGUGAUAUUCAAUAAUUCAUACAAUGUCGUUGCGUACACCUCUUUAUGACCUUA